AUGUAACCAACUAUACAAAAAUAAGAAUUGAAAAAAAAAUUACAACUUGAAAUUGAUGAAUUACAAAAAAUAUAAUUACUAUAAACACAUUUAACUUACAUUUUAUUCAGAAGUAAAAAAGAAGUAACUAAAGAAUUGCAAUAAAAUAUUGAUAAUUAGCUAAAAUUACAAUCCAAUUAAUCAUAAUAACCUUAAUAUUAUAAAUUACCUUAGAAACUUAUGAUACUUAUAUCAAAAAAUAUGAAUAAUUUAAUAAAUAGGUCAAUGAUUAUUUAUUAAAUAGAAAACUACCAGAUAUAAUGAUACUUGAGAAUAAAAAAGUUUUGAUUUUAUAAAAGACAAAGAAUCCCCUGUUUGUUUAUAAAAUCAAGAAGAUUAAUAAAUUAUUUUAACAAAGGAAGAUAUGUAAAGAAGUACUUAUAAUUAAUUUUAGAUAAAAUGUCAAUCAUUCAUGAUAAUGAGAACGAAGAAGAUGAAAUUAUAUAUUAGGUAGAUGAAAAUGGUUAUGUGAUGAAUUAGGAUGGCAAUCAUUUGGUAGAUAAUUAUGGUAGGUUGAUCUAACUUUCAGAAAAAGAUAUUGAAUACUUUAAAA